AUGCACGUAGCUCUUUUGAUCGACGGAAGGGAAGCGCUCAACAGCAAGCCAGCUGUCACGGACUCGGCUCGCGACUCGUCUGAUGCCCCAGACAUUCUCGCCAAGAUUCGCCCAGUUGUGACCGGUCGCAACGAGGGCCACAACGAUGCGGCGACGGUGGCGGCUGGUGGCGAUGCCGGCUCGUCGCAAGAACCGGGGCAAGUGGGCCUCGGCCACGAAGACCACUUGUGGUCCGAGCUGAUCAACUCCCCCGCCUUCUCCGAGUGGAACCAAAAGCAGGAGGAGCUCGCCCAGCGAGCCGUCACCAAGGCCAGUGACGACGGUCGUCGGCAAUCGAUGCUGCUCGAGGACGACAGCGAGUCGAAGACGAUGGAAGACGAGACGACGGAGGCCGGAGCGUGGGCGAAGAACGAGAAAGAGGAUGAAGAGGCGCAGGAGGCGGAGGCGGAGGAGGUCGUGAGCUCCGUUCGCGAACGAAAGCAGAAGCGGAAGCGAAAGAGCGAAAAGAAGGGCCGGAAGACGAGCUCGCACAGAGCCAAGAAGGCCAAGCAG